AUGCAGGCUAAGGAGGAGCCGGCAGCAGCAGCAGCAGCUGACAGUGGUGCUGUUGCUGCUGCUGCUGCUGGCUUCUCCGCAGCAGCAGCAGCAACGCAGGGUGAAGCUGCUUCUGAAGCUGCUCCAGGUGAUAGUUCUGCCGCUGCCCCUGCUGCGCCCGCAGCUUCUUCCGCCCCGGCAGCGGCUGCAGAAGCAGAUGCAGCAGCAGCAGCAGCAGCAGCAGCAGCAAAGGAGCCGCCUCGAAAGCGCGUGAAGAUGGAGGCCUCCGACGCAGUCGCAGCUGCUUCGAAGUCGCCGGGGGAGCAGGCGGCAGCGCAGCAACAAGAGCCGCGGCAGCCGCAAGACCCGCAGCAGCAGCAGCAGCAAGACCCGCAGCAGCAGCAGCAGCAGCAGCAGCAGCAGCAGCAGCAGGGGCGGCGCACCACGGGGGGCGGCCGCUACUACCUCUCGGACGCAUUUUUGGGGGAAGGGACUUACGGGCGAGUGGAGCGGGCGUGGGACAGCGUGCUGCAGCAGCACGUGGCAAUAAAGAAGGUGAACUGCAUCACCCCCCUCACCCCCAGCAGCAGCAGCAGCAGCAGCAGCAGCAGCAGCAGCAGCAGCAGCAGACCUGGGCCAGGUGGAGCUUCGCAAGCACGUUGUGAGGGUCCUUCAAAAGACAGCGCUGCAGCAGCAGCAAACAGCGCUCUGUGCUGCUGCGGAUUCUUUUGA